CGCUGCCUCCCUUGAAAUGGAUGAACAGUCUAGGGAACUUAACUAAUAGAAAAGUUCGAAUUUAGAAUAAGAAGUUUUGAAGUACCUUUUGUCACUACAGCUAUAAAAAAAAAAACCCCCGAUCUGAUUAUUAGAAAAUUUAUAGUAUUAAUUCAUUCCAAAGAUCGGCAAAAUGAGUAAGGCAAUGGCACUACGUCGCUUGAUGAAAGAGUACAAAGAGUUGACCGAGAAUGGUCCUGAUGGAAUUACAGCAGGACCGUCGGAUGAGGAUGACUUCUUUCAUUGGGAUUGUUUGGUUCAAGGGCCCGAUGGCACUCCUUACGAAGGCGGGUUGUAUCCUGCGUCUCUCAAGUUUCCACCGGAUUAUCCUUUAGGUCCGCCCACAUUAAAAUUCGAGUGUGAAUUCUUUCACCCUAACGUGUAUCCAGAUGGUACAGUCUGUAUUUCUAUUUUGCAUGCUCCUGGAGAUGAUCCCAACAUGUAUGAAUCAUCUUCUGAAAGAUGGUCACCAGUACAAUCUGUCGAAAAGAUAUUGCUUUCCGUGAUGUCGAUGUUGGCAGAACCAAACGACGAGAGUGGUGCCAAUAUAGACGCUUGCAAGUUGUACAGAGAAAAUUAUGAGAGUUAUUGCAAUGUCGUUCGGAAGCUAGCUCGUAAAACGUUGGGUCUUUAAGAAUGGUUAUUCUAAAAGUAUAGAUGUUCUACCUACCCUUUAUUUUUAACGCUUUCUUGUUUCACUUACUCGCCUUUCUUUCCGACGCCCCUCAUAUAAGUCCUAAAGAUUCUGCAUUUGCAAUUAUUUAUAUACGAACAAACAAAUUCAUCAACUAUUUUUAGAAUUUUAUUAAAGCUAUUGUUGUUAAUUAUCCAAGAACUAAAACCAAAAAUAAAGUCGCAGUAACUUCUAUUGUAAGUGU